UUUACAUUUUGCAGUGCGUUGGUCCCCUUUUUGUUCCACUUUGUUUCACUUGAAUCUCUCCCUUUCCUCCCUCCUCAAGCUAUUUUAUUUCUCUUCAUAUUCUCUCUUUCUCUCCUUAUAAAUUGGAGAUGUAUUUCUAUUGGUUCCACACAGAAUCCUUCAUUCCCCAUUGUUGCCUUCUCACACUUCAAUAAGAAAAUUAAAAACCCCUCUUUCUUAAAUCUCCCUCUUCAAUUUUUGUGUAAAUUUUGCAUAUUGAAAUGGCAGAGUUCAAUGGUGGGUAUGGGGACAGCUUCUCUUCACCCCCUGAUCAGGAGGCAAUUUCCACGGGGAAGAAGUACGGAGGGUUGGUGCCAAGGAAGAAACCCUUGAUUUCAAAGGAUAAUGAAAGAGCAUUCUUUGAUUCAGCAGACUGGGCCCUAUGCAAGCAAGGAGCUCCUGGAGGGUAUCAAAAUACAAUGGCAAUGUUUGAGACUCUGCGACCGAAAUUUCAGAGAACCCAACGCCAACAACUUCCACCACGGCGACCUGGCUGCACGUCUGGACAAGACAACCUAGUACUGGAAGAUUGAUAUUUACAACCAAGUGCAUCAACUCAGUAAAAAGAUAAAUGGAAAAAGAAAAUCACGUGGAAGCUUACUUUUUUUUUCCUUUGCACUUUUUCCUACUCACCUUCUUCUUCCCUUUUCUUUCAUAAAUAGGGGAGGGGAAUCAAACAUCUCACUACAACAUUGAUAUUAUAUAUACUUUAUCAGCUAUGUUUAUUUAUUUCUUUUUCCUUGUAAUUAGUUUAUUGAAAAUGUGUAAAUAAAUGACGAAAAUCUUGUGUAGAUUUUGGAAGGUUUCAUAA